AUGAGUGCCGUGGCUUGGCGAAUUUCGAUGGGCUGGUUUGCGUUAAUGCACUCCAAUGAACUGGACUUGUGGCUUUUUUUGCUUAGAGGUGUCAACGCCGUGAGCGGAAUUAAUUCCCUUCAGUACCUUCUGGUGAAAUUACUGGCGUUCAUUGACCACAUUGAGGCUUCCGAUUCCAUGUUGCCGGAGAAUCAAAACCUCCUCUCCCGAAUCACAGCCCUUAUGGAUAGGUUACAGCCGCAAAGGAUGGAACGCUGCGCUGACGGUGGUUCCGAAAACUGCUCCUCCUCACAGGCGAGAUCACGGGAUGCUGUAAAACGCUUGCAACAGUACGUUUCUGAAAACGUGCUCAUGCCCCUGCACUCCUCAACGCCCUUCUCAACCCUCGGUGCUCUCUCCGCCAAUGUCAGGGCCUAUUUCCAAAACGAGGAUGUCUCUUCCCGAACUUUUGGCUCAUCCACUAAGAACUUAUCUAAUAAGAGGUGA